AUAAUCCUGGUGUAUGGGGAUUCCAUUGCCAUAUUGAGUGGCAUGUACAAUCGGGAUUAGUUUCACAAUUCGUCGCUCAACCGGACAAAAUUAAAGAGUUAAAAGCACCUGACGAUUGGAAAGCAUUGUGUUCUAAAU